AUGUCAGACACAGGCGAAAGCAUCACCGCCCAUAAGCGGUCCAAAUCGGCCGCUGCCCUCGCCCUUCUCCGUCGCAACCACUCUCGUCACGAAGAAGACGCCUCGAACUCUUCCGGCCCUGACGAUGCUGGCAACUCUGGCUUCUCGGGCCUGUCUCCGUCCUUCUCGUCGAGCGCGUCUCUAUCCCACCAGACCUCCACCCGAACACAGGGCGCCAAGCUCACCGCCUCCUCCGCUGCCCUGGCACGAACACCCUCCAACCAGAGCCCCGCAGGCCUGUCUUCCAAGACUGGCAGCGUAUCGCUCGAGAACAAGGGUGUGUCUCUCGAGCAGUCCGUUCGAAAAUUCCGCAUCGUCGAGUCUCUGCGGAGUGGCGACACGGCAUCCAUCUCCAGAGCCAUUCGCGAAACUGCCGAGGGCGGUCCGCGGACCAGCAUUUCCUCCAUCGGAUCGCUGAACGGCACCGGUUUGGAUGACACCACCAUAUUACACCUGGCCAUCCAGUGCGCAGAAUACCCUGUCGUCGAGUUUGUUCUUCACAACAGCACCGGCUCCAUAGAUGUCAACUCACGCGACAAGGAGGGCAACACGCCGCUUCACAUUGCGGCAGCCCAAGGACGAACUCAGGUUGUCAAGCUGCUUCUCGAACAAAAAGACAUCAACGAUGCCAUUCCCAAUACGCAGGGCCGGCUGCCCAUCGACUCGGCGAGGAACCCGGAAAUCUUCCAACAGCUCCAGCUGUCGCGGUCGCUAUUUGUCGAAGACAAGGUGCGUCAGGUCCAGGGUCUCAUUGCCCAGGGCGAUUACAAGGCGCUCGAGGUCAUUCUUGAAGAGCCGCGCCUCAAGCAGGUUCUUGACAUUAACAGCACCGAAUUCUGCACCGAAACCGUGACCGUUCAGAACGGAGGAACCCUCUUACACGAGGCAGCACGCAAAAAGAACUCGCAGCUCAUCCAAGUCUUGCUUCUUCACGGUGCUGAUCCAUUCCGACGAGACCGUAAGGGCAAGCUCCCCCAAGACGUCACAAAGGACGACACGACUCGUUCCAUGCUCAAGCGCUCGCCCGCUGCCGUGGCCGCCCAGAGGGGCAUUCAAGAGAAGGCUGUUCUUGGUCAUGCUGCAUCCCAGGGCGCUUCCUCGAGCACUCCGGGUGACCCUCUCGCCGGAAGAGAAGCCCGCGAGAUGUCUGGCUACCUGAAGAAGUGGACCAACUACCGAAAGGGAUACCAGCUGAGGUUCUUCGUACUAGAGGACGGUGUCAUGAGUUACUACAAACACCAGGACGAUGCUGGCUCGGCCUGCCGCGGCGCCAUCAACAUGCGCAUUGCCAAGCUUCACAUGAGCGCCGACGAGAAGACCAAAUUUGAGAUUAUCGGCAAAUCAUCUCCCAAAUACACCCUCAAGGCCAACCACGAAGUCGAGGCCAAGAGAUGGUUCUGGGCGCUGAAUAACUCCAUUCAGUGGACCAAGGACCAAGCCAAGGAGGAGGAGAAGCAGAAGGCUCGUGGUGCCGAGAUGCUUCGUCAAGCUAAGGCCGACCAGGCUGGCAAAUCUCCAGAGCUGUCCAUGAACGACCCCGCCAGCGAAAGCGCCAGCGUGACCGAUACGCGGAGAACCAGCACGCAAAUCCACCGAACGCAGUCUGGACCUCGUCACUCUAUGCACAGGGCCGCCAGUACCGUGGGCAGCGUCGAUGACGACUACGCCGAUGCGAUGACUGAAGGCGAUGCGUCUCGGAUGGGUGGCAACCACACCCACACUAACGCGGGAGGAAAUGACGACGACGAUGACUACUUUGAGGAGGCGAGCAAUCGCGAUGGCCCGGCUGUGACAAGGGAUGCGUUCAACAUCACUGCGCAGUCUGCCAAGCUGCAGCUCGACACGAUCGCAGCUGUCAAUGCGGCGCUCAUCGCGGAGACUUCCAAGAAUCCGGCCGCCACGCUGUCUGACGGCAAGGUGUCUCAGGCUCUCGCUACAUAUGAUGCUGCAGUUCGCAGCUUGACUGGUCUCAUGGGCGACCUGCUGCGCAUCUCGAAGGACCGCGAUGCGUACUGGCAGUACCGGCUGGAUCGCGAGAUUGACAUGCGGCGCAUGUGGGAGGAAAGCAUGGCGCAGGUGGCCAAAGAACAGGAGGUUCUCGAGGAGCGCGUUGACCAGGCCGAGACGAAGAGGAAACUGGCCAAGCGUGCUCUGCGGGAGGCAGUCAGCAAAGCACCCGUGACAGACAGCAACAGGGCUGAUGGCACAGAGGUCAUUGAUGAGGCGAUCGGCACCGAUGGCGCGGCGAAGAGCGCCCCGGGUGCCGGCAUUGUCAGGCAGCAGACUGCGCUCGACCAGAUCAGUGAUCUCUCUGACUCAGAGUCGGACGCUUCGGAUGAGUUCUUCGAUGCCGUGGACGCGGGCGAGGUGGAAGUCAGCGAGCUCCCGGCCGAGCGCUCGGGCCCAGAGGUUGACGGUACAGCGGAGCCCAAGGAGGUUGUUGUUUCCGGGACCUUGGACAUCAGCAGCUCGUUCAAGGGCUAUGAAAACGGUGUCCGCACAAGGCUCAAGAUGGAUGCGGAUGACAGGCCCAAGAUUUCGCUAUGGGGUAUCCUCAAAUCAAUGAUCGGCAAAGACAUGACCAAGAUGACCUUGCCCGUCUCCUUUAACGAGCCGACGUCGCUCCUGUACCGCGCUGGUGAGGACAUGGAGUACACAGACCUGCUGGAACAGGCGGCGGACCGCAGCGACUCGCUGGAGCGAAUGCUCUACGUGGCAGCGUUCGCUGCCAGCGAGUAUGCCUCUACGAUUGGUCGCGUGGCGAAGCCAUUCAACCCGCUGCUGGGCGAGACGUUUGAGUAUGUGCGUCCAGACAAGAAUUACCGCUUCUUUGUCGAGCAGGUCAGCCAUCACCCGCCGAUCGGUGCCGUGUGGGCCGAGGCACCCAAGUGGACGUACUGGGGCGAGGCGUCAGUCAAGUCCAAGUUUUACGGCAAGUCGUUUGACGUGGCGCAGCUCGGCACGUGGUAUCUCAAGCUGCGGCCCAACGCGGGGGGCAAGGAGGACCUGUACACGUGGAACAAGGUGACGUCGUCGGUCAUUGGCAUCAUCACGGGCAACCCGGUGCUGGACCACUACGGACCGAUGGAGGUGACGAACCACAGCACUGGUGAGAAGUGCAUGGUGGAGUUUGAACCGCGCGGGUGGAAGGCGUCGAGCGCGUUCAAGAUCAAGGGCAAGGUGGUGGAUGCGGAUGGGCGGGUGCGGUACAGCCUGGGCGGGCGGUGGAACUCGAAGUUUUACGCGCGACUGACGCCGGGCUACGAGGCGACGGUGGAGGACCCGGGCGACAACAAGGCGCACGACCCGAACAAGGCGUUCCUCAUCUGGCAGGCGCACGAGCGGCCGCAAGGCAUCCCGUUCAACCUGACGCCGUUUGUGUUGACAUUCAACCAUCUCGACGACAAUCUGCGGGCGUGGAUCGCGCCAACGGACUCGCGUCUGCGGCCGGACCAGCGGGCGAUGGAGGACGGCGAGUACGACCUCGCGGCGACGGAGAAGAACCGGCUCGAGGAGGCGCAGCGGGCGCGUCGUCGGGCGCGCGAGACGCAGGGCAAGGAGUUCACGCCGGCGUGGUUCACGCAGGAGCUCUCGGAGGUGACGGGGGAGAAGUACUGGAAGUUCAACGGCAAAUACUGGGAGCAGCGUGAGAAGGCGGGCACGGGCGACACGUCGGCGUGGCACGGACUCGAGCCCAUCUACCAGGACGUGGAGCAGUAG